AUGUCUGGACGGCAGUGCUCUCUAGCUCCUUACAGCCUCGUACAGGACGACUACUCGCGUCCGGGCAUCUCUUCGGACAUCUCUUCGGGCUUCUCAAUCCUCAACAUAUGUCCACUGACGAGCCUCCAUCUGGGCAUCGCCAAAAUGUCACACUUUGCGACGGAGGGCAUUGAAGCCGUCCGGGUCUUUCCUCUCCCGCCCGGACCUUCGUCUUGGCUCGCUUCCAUUCCUAGCCGCUACGGGAAUGUCCAAAGCCUGAGCUAUGCAGCUGACUGUCUUGUCGAGGGACUAAAAUGGAGUCUUUGUUCAAACGGAGCAGUUGAUGGAGGAACUUCAGUAGCCCGAUUAUAUGUCAGGGUACUGAAGAGCUUGCAAGUGGCACUGGGAGAAGGAGAGGAGUCCACGACCACGGAGACUCUCUGUGCCGCUGCAUUACUUGGUACAUUCGAGCUGCUUGACGCUGGCAGAAGCUUCGGAUGGAUGCAACAGGCCGGAGGCGUCGCCCAGCUUAUCGAAUACCGAGGCCCAGAUCGAUUUGAUGAGGCAUUUGACAAAGCGAUCCUGUUAGCACAUAUUGGUCCCUUGGUAACCCAAGCCCUCAUGAAUGGCACACAAUGCUUCCUGACCGAAGAAGAAGAGUUGAUCUCCUCGGAGCAUCCGGUCCUAGAGCCUACUAUUGCAGACCUCAUAGAUCAUACUCUCCGCUUUCGGGGAGUCCUCGUAAGCUGGUACCGGAAGUAUAGAGCGGAAAUCGGCCUCUUCGACAAUACAAAUGCAUAUGAUACCUUCGACUACCUUGAUUGCCGACCGUGUUCCAAAAUUCUGCAGCAUGUCCAGCUACACGGAACUUACCUUUCGUGCAUUAUCCUGGCAUCUAGGCUUAUUUUUGCCCUCGCACCAGCCAGGUUUCGUUAUUUUGAGGUAAAAUGUCAGGACCCGGCCGAGAAAGUCGCUCAACAACGAGAGCGUGCUCGCAAUGCAAACCAUUCAUUGUCCUCUGGACUCUUUAUAACGCAGACAUGGUGGAUUGCGAAAGCGACGAUCGAUACGAAGAUCGAAUGGGCGGAGAACGUUAUGGAAGAUGGUCGGUACGCAGACGGGCACAUGCUUGAGAGUUGGAAGUUCAAACUCUGGACAAAAGCACUAGGGAGGAAGUCACGGCUGCAACAAUGA